GACUUUCCCAUCCAAAAGUAACAUCUACAGGAAGAAUGUCUAACACGGCGAUACGAAGAAAAGAGUGUCUGGAGACAAAAACUGUCAAUGUCACUAAGAACAAUGUCAUUCGGAAGUUGCUUUCACCCGAAGAAGUGACAGAAGUCGUGAGAAGCGUGCUGAACAGCGAAGUUGAUUCGGUCGAAUACAGUAUUCGAUCGUAUUCUGACGGUAAACUUGGGUAUCUCGGCUCUCAUUAUUGUCUCACUGUGAUAGCCACGAUGAGGAAAAAGAAAACAGCCACUAUCUCGUUCUUUCUCAAGACCUUGCCUUACGAAAUACCCGAGCAAGUCGAAUACGUGAUACAAAACGGCUUCUUCAAGCAAGAGAUGCUGUUUUAUAACACCAUAAUGCCACUGCUUCGCAAUAAGUAUCAUGGGGAAUCGUGGGCGCCAAUGUGUUACAAAAUGAAAGAUAAUUUGUUGAUUUUCGAAGAGCUAAUCAACAAAGGUUACUCGAUACGAGACAAAUUAUUGGACAAGACGCUCAUGAAAGCGGGUCUCAACGCUAUCGCGCGUCUACAUGCCGCCUCCUUGAUGGCGGAAGAACGUCUUGGCUUACCCUUCAACCAAUUAUAUCCUGAAGCUUUUAAGAAUACAGACUUUGACUGCAACCAAAAGAGAAAAGAGUGGUUCGAAGCGGGUGUUAAUGUCGCUGUGGCUAUAGCCGAACGUCUGGGACACAACUCUGAUCUGUUACAUGCAGCCUUUGAACAAGUCAAUCACGGCUUUAAACCGUCCUGCACGAAAGCGAACGUGCUCUGUCACGGGGACCUGUGGAGCAACAACCUCAUGUUUAACAACGACAUGCCGCCCAAGUGUCUACUGGUAGAUUACCAGCUACUGAGAUAUGCUCCUUUGGCGCACGACGUGUCGCAGUUACUUUAUCUGUGCGGUGACCGGAACUUCCGAGAGACCUGGGAGAGCGCAAUGUUGCGAUAUUAUUAUAAGACGCUGUGCGAAACAUUAGACGCUCAUGGUGUCAGCUUGACGCAGAGACCAGCCUGGUCGGAAGUGGUCGAAGGCAUGGAAGAGCAGCGUCUAUCCGCUCUCAUCACAGCGACAAUAUACUUUCCCACGGUACUGAUGAAUGAGAAGUGCAGCGCACAGAUCUGCAACGAUCCCGCGUCUUUCGUCGAGUACGUCUUUAGGAACAGGAUAGAAUCUGUAUUUUCUAAUAUGGAGAAGGACUCGGCCUACGGAAGAAGGUUGAACGAGGCUGUUGCCGAAUUGGUCGAACUGGCUUCACGAUUGGAUCAGUUGCCCAAGCCAUCUUAAAAUUACGUAAUGUAGUUAAUAUAGUUGAUUCGAAUAUUUUAUACAUUAUUUGAUUUCGUUGUGUGUAAUAUAGAACGUAGCAUAUUUCCCUUGAAAUAUUUUCCGAUAAACGCGUAGACGUUUAUUCCCGAUGCAACAUAUUUCAUAUUUUAUUAUAUACUCAUUUGAUCGAAUAUAUUUUGUAUAAAACAUUUACAAAACGUAAACGUUACUAUAUUUCAACUAGACGGAGUUCGUUGAAUUGACAGCCUUAUAUCAUUUUACCGUUACUUUGUAUAACAGUUCUUUCAUGUACAAAUGAGUGAUAUUGUCUUAUUCCGGAAAUAAGUUCGCUAAACUAGACCAAUCGAAAAUCUCCACAUCUGUAAACGAUUCGUCCGGCUCUUCCUUGUAGAGCGGCGUGACUGCAGGUUUCGGUGUCGGCUGUGAUACUUCGUUAUCAUUCAACUUUGAGGUAUCGUCUUGAGCUUCAUCAUCGCUAUCCCAUGAAAUUGCAAGAAAAUUAGUAUGCAAUGCUACAAUGUCCGUAAACAUAAGAUAAAAUGAAAUAUGUACUCUUAAAAUUUUCCAACUGAAAUCCCACUCAUAAAACAGAGUGACAACCGAAUCACUCGAAAUCGAGCGACUUUCACUCAUAUAGAAUGAAUUCUCCACUCUGAAUUGUUAAGUGAAAAUUUGUAUUCGAAAUUAAAGGGUAAAUUCACUGUUAUGAUGGACAAAUUCCCAUAAAUCCACUCUAAUCGAUUGAGCCAUUCACUUGCAUAGAUUAACAACUCAUUUUCAAGUUUGAAUAAAACAUUUACUCCGGUGAUUUCGAGUAGUAAUAUUUGUACAAUCUUAAGUAAAUAUUUACUCGUUUUGAAUAAGAUUUCACUUCGAGAAACUUAGAGGAUAUCUUAUCAUAAAAAUUGUACAUUAAUUAUAAUUAAUUGAACUUACCUAGAGUACUUGCGUUUUCUUAUCGGACUUUUCGGUUUUUCUUUCGCCAUCGCCAACAGAUACGGCAAACAUAAAUCUUUCAUUGAUAAAGUCCAGGGUGGUACGCUGCGCAUCUGAAAAAGAUAAAAAUUAAUGUCAAACGGCUACGAACGAUUGGCACGCAAAAUUAUCAAUUAGAAAAGUUAUAUAUGCGGACGAAUAUCAAAUUGAUUGAAGAGUUUUUUACUACAAAUAUUGAACAAGUAUUGAACAAGUGUCUUUGAACAACUGAAGAUAAGCGAAUUAUGUAUGACUGAAUAAUUAUAAUUGUUCUCGUUUCCA